AAAUCAUUCAUGGAUGUCAGCUAUCUCCACUCACCUGAGAAACUGUUCGGUUCAAUUCCCUCAGAAGGACGUUACAUCAUCAAUAUUCACCACUUCCUUCAUCUGAGCGCCCAUCACAUCAGCAUCUUUGAGAGGUAUCUAACUGCAGUUCGCAAUGCUAUCAUCAGGUUGUUGGAGCGAAAUCCACAUGUCCUCAUAACUUUAAGGGGACCACAUGUUGCAGAGCAUCCCCCUUAUUUCUGCUUAUCUACUGAUGCCUGGGCUCAGUAUAUUACCACAAUACAGAAGGAGACGUUCAGGGAUCUACAAGACCGUGUUAUUUACUUCCCUUUCUGGGACAUAACUGUGGCAUCUGAAGAUACGGAUAUUCAUCCUGGGUGUAAUGAUCAUUUAUCUGACGUGAUGUUUCAAUUUACAUGUGGCAGACAGCAAUAA